AUGGACACAAUUGCAACAAGAGUAUCACUCUUCUCCUAUCUCUCUUCUUCACCUCUUUCUCUUCCCUACAAAUUUCCAAGAACCCUAAUUUCAAUUUCAAUUCCAAUUCCAAUUUCACUAACUAACUCAUCCAAACAAAGAAGAAAUUACACAUUUCCAUCAAUUUCAAAAUUGGGUAGUUCCCAGAAAAAAAACACUGAAAUCUUUGACGAAGCGGCAUUCGAAGCAAAUCGCCUCACCCUUGAUGCUAAAGCUCGAGAAUCAAUGGCGGAAGCCUCUGAAAAAGAGAUGAAUGAGAGUGAAGAUGAUGACCCUAAAGCUUGGAAAUGGAGAAUUAGGAAAAGGGUUUGGGAUUUAAUGGAAGCUCAGAAUAUUGCUCAAUUUCCUCGACCUGUUCAUCAUCGUAUUCCCAAUUUUGUUGGUGCUCCACUUGCUGCUAACAAGUUGGGUGAAUUGGAUGUGUUUCUGGGGGCGAAUUGUGUGAAGGUUAACCCGGAUUCUCCACAGAAACAAGUCAGAGUCUUGAGGCUUUCUGAGGGGAAGAAACUGCUGACUCCCCAGCCACGUUUGAGAACCGGGUUCUUUUCUGUUCUCGAGUCUGAAAUGCUGACUUCGAGCAAUAUAAAUGAGGCGUGCACCUCUGUAGGUGUAGCAAAAUAUGGAAGGCCAAUUGGUCUUGAUGAAAAGAUCAAAGUAGACUUAAUUGUCAUUGGUUCAGUUGCUGUUGAUCCGAACACUGGAGCCCGGCUUGGGAAGGGUGAGGGAUUUGCUGAACUUGAAUAUGGAAUGCUGCGUUACAUGGGGGCGAUUGAUGACUCUACCCCUGUCAUCACUACAGUGCAUGAUCAACAACUGGUAGAUGAUAUUCCGGUUGAAAAGCUAUUAAUCCAUGAUGUACCUGUCGACAUCAUUUGCACCCCAACACAGGUUAUAUUUACCAAUACGAAUAUACCUAAACCACAAGGGAUUUACUGGGAGAAACUGUCUCCUGAAAAAUUGGGACAAAUACGAGUUCUGCGAGAGCUCAAGAAGAGGAUCGAGAAAGAAACUGGGCAAAAGCUUCCGAGUGGUCCAUCUGAGAAGCUGCCUCCCACUGCACAGCGAAAGCGUCAAUGAUUUUGUUUCCUUUUCUGUUCUUUUUACUUUUGUAUAUCUGUGUUACAUAUGUAAUUACUCUGAACCCUUGCAGAAGCGCUUAUGGUUCCAACAAGACCAUAAAUUGUAAAUACAUAAACGUAAUUAAUCUCAUCUGAGAUGGUCUUAUUACUGGUUACUUUAUUUAUUUAUUUAUUUAUUUUAAAAAAAAAGCUGUAAACAAGUUAUUUUGAUGACCUUAUCAUAAAAAAAAAAAAAAAAAAAAAAAAA